AACAGAACAGAGAGGCGUAAUCCAGAAGCCGCCCGUGCUACUGCAACAACAGAUCAUAAAAGAUGGCAGACGCACCUGCACCUGCUGACAAGAAGGCACCUCCCAAGUUCAAACAGAGGACAACCCGCACCUUCAAGAGCAAGGCCCCCAAACCAGGCCAGAAGGGAUUCGGAGACGACAUCCCCGGCAUGGACGGUCUCGGUACAGACUUCACAGUGGUCUGCCCAUGGGAAGCCUUUGGGGACAUGGAGCUCAGCGACCUGGCGAAAUAUGGAAUCGUCUAGAAACCCUCCCGUGCCCUUACCUCAAUUAUAAACCUCCCUGCACUAAUUUUCCUCUACUCAGUCCUCUUAUCUUCCACUUCACAGCCCAGGAGGCUUUCCCCUCCCCAAAUCCCGACUUGAAGUUUAUUGCGGUUGUUACACCCAUAUGUAGUUUGGGAAAAAAUUACACAAAAACUGAUAAGCUUCUAUCCUCAAGGUUGAUCCAAUUAUGUGUCAAAGCUAUCAUAUAUUACAUUAAAUAGCUCUAUGUACAUUUAUUUAUUUAUAUAUGCUUCACUGAGGUGUCCGU